AUGGAGCCCCCGGAAUCGGUGACAUUUGAAGAUGUAGCCGUCGACUUCACCCAGGAAGAGUGGAGCCUGCUAGACAAGUCCCAGAAAAACCUGUUCAGAAAUGUGAUGCUGGAGACGGUCACCCACCUGGUCUCUGUAGGCUAUCAGAUCAGCAAAUCAGAUAUGAUUUUCCAACUGGAACAAGGGAAAGAGUUGUGGCCGGAAGCAGCAGGCCUCCAAGGUCAGAGUCCAGUUCCCUUCAGAAGCAAACAUAAUGUCAGCAAACAGCAUGGCAAAUCACUUAGUCAAGGGUCAUCCCUCAACGGACAGGGUCGCAUUCACACUAAACGUAAAUCAUGUGAAUGUGCUCUGUGUGGGAAAGUUUUUAAUAGAUGCUCUAGCCUUAGCAGACAUAAGAUGAUUCACACUGGAGAGAAACCAUUCAAAUGUCAACUGUGUGAGAAAGUCUUCAAUCAAAGAUUCUCCCUGAAGGUACAUGAGAAGACUCACACAGGAGAGAAGCCCUACGAAUGUCAUCAGUGUGGAAAAGCCUUUAAUAGAUGUGCCAGCCUCAGGAGACACAGCAUGAUUCACACUGGAGAGAAACCAUUCAAAUGUCAUCUGUGUGGGAAAGUCUUCAAUCAAAAUUCCUCCUUGAAACAACAAAAGAGAACUCACACAGGAGAGAAGACAUAUGAAUGUCAUCAGUGCGGCAAAGCCUUUCUUCAAAGCUCUGGCCUCAGUUCGCAUAAGAAAGUCCACACUGGAGAGAAGCCACAUGUAUGUCUUGAGUGUGGGAAGGCCUUUACUCAUAGUUCGGGGCUUCAUGUGCACAAAAGAAUCCACAUUAGAGAGAAACCAUACGUAUGCUGUGUGUGUAGGAAGGCCUUCGGUAAAUAUGCUAAGCUGAGGGAACAUGAGAGAACCCACAGCGGAGAGAAGCCCUAUGGAUGUCAGCUCUGUGGAGGACACUUCACUCGUGCCUCUUCCGUUAGACGACACAAGGGAACCCAGCACAGGAGAGAAAAUCAGUCACACCCUCAGUAG